UCCUGUUCGGUGUGUAGUAUUUUAGUUCACCAGACACUGAAACAGUCAAACACUGUAACAACUCACCUCACCAUUAUGAUUUUACCGUCGAUUGUGUCGGCGUUUUUGGCGUUCGCUUCGCUGUUUUUACAUCCAACAGAGGCAGGCUUACGGGUCUUGGCCGUACAUACGAUAGCGGCAAAAAGUCAUUGGAAUUUCAUGAAUGGAUAUUUGCAUUCGCUGACCGACGCCGGUCAUAACGUCACGGUUUUCACUUGGUUUCCAGACGGCGAACGAGAAAACUAUACGGAAAACGUUUUUAAGGGAUCAAUGUUCAUGGCUUUGGAUUUGGUGGAAUAUCUAGAGCUUCUAAAUCCUAUAAACAAUCAAAUGAACUUCGCAGUACACCACAACAGACAAUUGUGUGAUAUUAUUUAUUCUAAUUCCAAAAUAAAAACGCUCAUGACUGCAGGUAAUACCGAUGAGUUCGAUGUCAUCGUCAGCGAAACGUAUGCUUCGCACUGUAUGUCACACUUGUUUCGCCGUCUCCGUUUGCCUCUGAUUUAUCUCUUCCCGUCACCGUUACCGACUUACUUGGAGUCGUCGUGUUUGGGCCAAGAGUCCAACCCGGCGUACGUGUCGAGUUUGAUUUCGUCUUUCAGCUACCCAAAGUCGUUCCAACAACGUUUGCUCAAUUUCCUCAUCUACAAAUCCAGUAAAUUCCUCUUGUGGUACUUUGAAACCAGAGCCAUCAAGUCCAACCCCAAACCGUACGACUAUACAGAACCGGUCGUACCGUCCUUGGUGUUUGCAAACAGUCAUGUCAUCGUCGAACCGGCCAGACCCAUGCCACCCAAUUUCAUAGAAAUCGGCGGCAUUCACCUUCCCGAACCAAAUGCUAUACCGAAUGACAUACGAGAGUUCAUUGAAAAUUCACCAAAUGGAGUUAUUUACUUCACGUUUGGAUCGACAAUAAAAAUGUCAUCAUUUCCAGACCACAUUAAAACCGCAUUUAAAGUAGCUCUUGCGCGCCUCCCCCAAAGGAUACUGUGGAAAUAUGAGAACGAAAUGGAAGACAAACCGGACAACGUGAUGACGAGAAAUUGGUUCCCUCAACGUGAUAUUCUCAUGCACCCGAAUAUCAAGCUGUUUAUCGGUCACGGUGGAAUAUCUGGCGUGUUUGAAGCAGUCGAUGCCGGAGUUCCGAUGUUAGGGUUUCCACUUUUCUACGAUCAACCGAGAAACAUUGCCAAUCUGGUCGACGCCGGAAUGGCCAUUUCACUCGACGUGAUGACCGUCACCGAAACACAGAUAUUCGAAUCGGCCAAUAAAUUAAUUAACGACAACAAGUACUCGUAUAAUGCUAAACUAGCUUCCAAGCGUUUCAAGGAUCGCCCAAUGUCACCUGCUAAAUCAGCCGCUUACUGGACGGAAUACGUUGUACGACAUAAUGGUGCACAACAUCUAAAGACUAAAGCGUUUGAUCUCACGUGGUACGAAUACUACCUUCUAGACAUACUAUCUCUGGUACUCGUCACACUUUCAGUCAUUGGCUUUAUUCUCUAUAAAUGUUUAAAUGUUAUAUGCAAAAUUGUUUUUUUCAAGUUGAAGACCAAAACUGAGUAA